UCGGUAUCUGUCAUUGAUGACGUAGGCGAGUUUUCGUUUGUAACAGUCCUGGAUAGUGGUAGAAUCUGAGUAUACAGGUGCUUGUAUGCUGCCAUAUAAGUUUAAUAAUACUAAUACUACCUAAGUGUGAAUCUGGGGAAGCAGCUAGGAAGAUCAUAUUAUCUGCCUUACAAGGAGAAAAAACGAAAGACCAAAUGAACUUUAAAAAAGCGAGGAUGAACUAGAGAUGAGUAAGAAAACAAUAAUCCUACAAAUAUUAUAAUAACAUGUUUGUAGUGAAGUCGCAGACUUUCUGGUUCACCAGCCGGAAGCAGCCAACGUUGCGUCUCGCGUUCAAAUCUCACACAGUGUCGUACAGCGAGACCUUCACGGACCGUCAGUCAUUCUGAGGGCAGUUCUCCCUUGUGUUCUAGGCUGGUGAUUUUACCGGUUUGUUGCUGAAACAGGUGAUAAACAGAUGAGAUCCUUGGAUCGUACGCUGCGUACGUAGAGUCUGAGUGGAUCGCUUAGUGACAGACAAGGUUAAAAAUGGGUUCACCACGAAGUGACCAAGGCUGGACGAUUGUUUUAUUUGGCAAAACUGGGAAUGGCAAGAGCAGUGUGGGCAACAUCAUCCUCAGCACUUUGGAGACACGGGAAUUUUUUCCGAUUGUAAGCGGGUUGGCCAGCAAAACAAAAACGAUCACAGAGAUUUCCGCAGAAGAUAUUAAGGUCGUCGACAUACCCGACUUCACCAACCUUGAAGUGGGUGGCGAUGACAUCAGACACGAAAUAAGGACUUUGAGCAACAGUCUCACCAACACCCAGUACGCCGUGCUCGUGGCAGUUCGCUGUGAUGUUUGCCACGCAAGAGAGGAAUAUGACAUUUAUAGAGAGUUCAAGACACUUUGGGGAGAAGACAUCUGUAGUCAUCUGAUUGUAGCCUUCACCUUUGGGGACAGACAGGACCAUAAUAAACUAGACAAAGAGCUGAAGACUGUGAACCCCGAGCUGAAAAGCUUGCUAAGCGAUGCCGGAGGUCAGUAUGUGCUUUUCAACGACAUGAGCGACACAGAGGACAAGAAAAAUCAAAGAGAUAAGCUUUGGGAAAAAAUUAAAGACCUCCCCCGACAAAGGCAAGGCAGGGUUAUUCGAACACAGCCUGCUGGUGGUGUGAGGACAACUGAACAACAGGUAGACUCAGACAACACUUAAAAAUGGUGGUGGUGGUUGUGUUGUUGACACUCCUGUUAAUAAAUAGUGAAGAAAUAUAAUCAAGUUUUCUAUGUCUAGUUAGGUUACCUGUUAAUACAGAAUGUGUUGUAAUGUUUCUACGGUAAAAAAACCUGAAUAUGGUAAUUUGUUCUUUAAAAAUGGCAAGAGUACACAUGAGUGAAACCAAAUUAAUUAGGAGUAUUAUUUUUUUUCAAAAUUUUUAUCUCCGGAUGUAAUUAGAGUUCCAUUUAGGGUUUACGGAAAAUUGAGAAUCUCGUUAGACUGAUGAAUCAGGUGAAGGGAAACAGAUAGAAAGGAAAUUAUGACAUGUGUGACAUUGUUCAUCAUCGCAUUCUGUCUUCAUGUCAAUUGCUAUUUAUUUUCCAUACGGAUGUGAAUAUCCGUCUCCUACACACCUCCGAGUUCUACCCCACAGAUCUUCCAUCCGAGUGGAACUGAGGGCCAACGUUCGCAAGUCUUAGCACGAAACAUCAAACCAGUGACGUCACACAUGUCCUUGAAUAUAAAUGUCUUAAUUAGCAUAUGGUCCUAUCUGUCCUAUCUGCUGUAACUAUAGCAACACCAAUAUUUUCAUUAAUGUUUCAUAAACAUUUUCGCUGAUAGGCAUUGGAUGUAUACACAAGCUAAGCAGAAUGUAGACUCAUCGCCAUAAAUAUCAUGUCUUCUGUCAAUCUUUUAAAGCUCUAUGUGUGUGAUGAUGUCUACAUGCUUGUGUCUCCGUAAUGGAGGCAAUGUUAUUCACUCAAACAGCUUAAUACAUGUACCUUGUAGCGAGCUCAACCCAGUCAUUUACAAUAGUUAGCACUCCACUAACCCUUUAAAUUGGAAAUGGGAUGAUAUAUUUUUAUAAACAAAUAGAGACAGAAGGAACAUUAUAGCCUUACAGUUUUAAUAGCUUUUUUCUCUUUUUUUUUGUUGCUUUAUGUUGCCAGUGAAACAUUUUGCAUGUUAAGAGAUUUGCUUUCUUUUAUGGUUUCCUGAUUUUUUUCAAUUUUCUAGAAAAGAUGAAGCUUCCAUUAAUAGAAAAUAAAACAGCAAUUCUUUGUAGUAACUUUAGCAAACCUGAAUAUAAUUGAGCUGUAUAGUUUUAUCGCCAUUUAUAUGAAAGAUGUGAUUCUGCGAAGGGUUCUUCGGUUGAUGUGCAAAUCUUUCAGUAAUUAAUUGGCGUUGUAAGACAUCGUUCUCGAAAGAAAAUUGUGUGAAUAAAUCUACUGUAUUCAA